AUCUUCAUGAAAUUCAUCAUUGAUGACAUAGAAGUUAUUUUCCCUUACAAAUUUCUGUAUAAGGAACAAUUGGAGUACAUGUAAGCGUUGAAAUAAACCCUGGAUGAAAAAGGACAUGGAAUUUUGGAGAUGCCUACAGGAACAGGGAAGACAGUCUCAUUGCUCGCAUUCAUUCUUGCCUAUUUAGCACAAAGACCUAACACAAUUAAAAAGUUGAUUUAUUGCACUCGUACAGUGGUGGAGAUGGAAAAAACAUUAGAGGAAGUCAGAUUAGUUUUGAAGGCCAGAAAAGCGGAAGGUCUUAAUGAUAAUUUUACUGCUGUCGGAUUGAGUUCAAGAAGAAAUCUGUGUAUCAAUCCUGAUGUUGUCAAUUAGAAAGAUAGAGUGGAUUCUGAAUGCAGAAAACGAACAGCUGAAUGGGUUAAGAGGGGAUAAGGUGAAACAUGCAUAUUUUAUGACAACUUUGAGAAAUCUGCCAAAGAAUUCAUAAACAAUCUACCUAAUGAUGUUUAUAGUUUAAGUGAUUUACGUAAGAAUGGAGGUUAUUCUAUGCAAUGUCCGUAUUAUACUGCGAGGGAAAUGGUCAAGAAGGCCAAUAUUGUUGUGUAUAACUAUCUUUAUUUGAUUGAUCCAGGAAUAUCUUCAUUAUUGUCUAAGGAUUAUAUCAAGGAGAGUGUGGUUGUCUUUGAUGAGGCCCAUAACAUAGAUGACGUGUGUAUUGAAGCCUAUACGGUGAGAUUGAAUAAGCCCAUAUUGGCUGAAGCAAUCAACAAUCUCAAAAUUGUGGAGACACAAAUUUAGAGUGAGACUAAUGAGAUUUAAAAUAGGUUGAAUGAAGAAUAUAAGAAGUUGAUUAAGAAUUUGGAGAAGAAACCUGAAGGAGAAUUGAAUUAACUGGUUAUUCCAGGGUAAAUUAGGAAAGCAAGAAACUUCAUUGAUUUUAUGAAGAGAGUUAUCAAUUCGCUGAGGAAGAAGUUAAAAGAUAAUUCAGAAGCACUUAAAACAUCUCAUGCUAUUUUACACCACACUAAAAGCUUUACUGAAGAGAUAUAAAAGGAAGGGAAUCUAGACAUUGAUUCUCUCAAAUAAUGUGGAGAACGAUUAAAUCUACUACUAAACACUUUGCAAAUCUCAGAAACUGACAAAUUUAGACCACUUAGCACUGUUGCACAAUUUGUUAUGUUCUUAGUUCAAUAUCAGGAAGGAUUCAAAGUAAUAUUUCAAUCUAAUAACUACGAAGGAACCUUAAAUGAAAAAUUAAUGACCCUGGCUUGUUUUGAUAGUUCCUUAGCCAUGAAAAACAUCUUCGCUUCAUUUCAAUCUGUCAUCCUCACUUCAGGUACCAUGUCACCAAUUGAUAUUUAUCCAAAAAUCUUAGACUUUAGACCAGUCGUUGCUAAAUCUAUCGACAUUGAAUUAACACGUAACUCCAUUCAGCCUAUAAUUGUUACUAUGUCAGAAGAUGGCACUGAAUUGACAUCAGAAUUUACAUUCAGAAAUAAUGAGGAUGUCUCAAGGAAUUACGGCAACUUUUUGCUUGAAUUGUCUGAAAACGUCCCUGAUGGCCUCAUUGUCUUCAUGCCUUCUUAUAGCCGAAUGGAGGAGUGGGCAAGGCAAUGGCAAAAGGAUAAGUAUUUAGAAUAAAUUUCAAAAAAUAAAGUAUUGCUAAUAGAAUCGAAGGAUGUAAAUGAGACAUCAUAAAAAUUGUAAUAAUAUCGUAAAUGUUGUGAUGUUGGUAGAGGAGCUGCUUUAUUUUCAAUUGCUAGAGGUAAGAUUGCAGAAGGUAUAGAUUUUGAAGGUCAUUAUGGAAGAUGUGUUGCAGUGAUUGGAUUUCCAGCCUUGAACAGUAAAGACACUUUGAUUUUAGAGAGAUGCAAGUUUUUAGAGGAGAAAUUUAAAAUAACAAAAAAUGAUUUUAUUGAAUUUGAUGCUAUGAGAUAAACAUGUUAAUGUUUGGGUAGAGUUCUAAGGGGUAAGCAGGAUUAUGGAAUCAUGAUUAUGGCUGAUAAGAGAUUUGCUUAGAAGAGUAAAUUAUAAAAAAUGCCUAGAUGGAUUUAUAAAUAAUUAGACUAAUCUAGAUGUUUAAAUAUUACUAGUGAGACUGCCAUCACUGUAGUUCGAGAUUUCUUUAGAUAGAUGGCACAACCUUUUAAAAUUGCUGAUAAUAGUUAUUUUACAUAAGACACAUUGUGA